GUUCCGAGCAUUCAACAAUCAGCAGCUCUUGCUCUUGGUCGAUUGGCCAACUACAGCGAAGAUCUAGCAGAAGCUGUGGUUGGCAAUGAAAUAUUACCGCAGCUUGUAUAUUCACUUUCAGAACAGAAUCGCUUUGUGAAGAAGGCCGCCUCAUUCGUUCUAAGAGCAGUUGCGAAGCACUCGCCGGACCUUGCUCAGGCAGUAGUUGACUCGGGUGCACUGGAUGCGUUAGUCCCAUGUCUUGAGGAAUUCGACCCAACGGUAAAAGAAGCGGCCGCAUGGGCAAUUGGCUACAUAGCGCAACACACCGCGGAACUAGCUCAGGCAGUAGUGGAUGCUGGCACAGUCGCUCUACUGGUUCUUUGUAUCCAGGAGCCCGAGAUUACCCUAAAACGUAUAUCAGCUUCAGCAAUGUCUGAUAUUUGUAAGCAUUCCCCGGAGCUAGCCCAAGCUGUUGUAGAUGCUGGUGCUGUUGCGUAUCUCGCACCUUUGAUUGUACAUCCAGACGCCAAGCUCAAGAGACAGGUCUGUAGCUGCCUUGCCCAGAUUGCAAAGCACUCCGUGGAUCUGGCUGAGGUGGUUGUAGAGGCUGAAAUUUUCCCAAAUGUAUUAAACUGUCUCAAGGAUACUGAUGCAUUUGUUCGCAAAAAUGCUGCCACAUGCAUUCGUGAGGUGGCAAAGCAUACCCCAGAGCUAGCAAAGCUAAUAGUUAACUCCGGUGGUGCUGCUGCUCUCGUGGACUAUGUUUCUGAAGCUCAGGGGAACGCAAAACUUCCGGGAAUUAUGGCUGUUGGUUAUAUUGCUGCCUUUUCUGAGACCCUCGCCCUUGCCAUAAUCGUGUCGAAGGGCGUGGCCCCGCUCAAAGAGGCCCUUGUGACAGAACCUGAGGAUCACAUAAAGGCGGCCUCUGCAUGGAGUCUUGGACAGAUAGGUCGACACACGUCAGAUCACGCUAGGGCACUUGCCGAAGGUGAUGUCUUGCGGCAUUUGCUCGCAUGUAUGGUACAUCAAGACAGUUCCGAGGAUUUGAAGACGAAGUCAAAGCGGGCACUCAAAGCCAUUCUUGCGAAGUGUACGCACCUUCAGGCACUUCAGCCACUGUUACGCGAAGCUCCAGUAAAAGUUCAAAAGUAUGUAUUGAAGCAAUUUGCUUCCAUUCUGCCCCAUGAUGUCGAAGCUCGACGUGCAUUCGUGCAAAACGGUGGACUGCAAUUUCUCCAAGAAUUAAAUGAAACUGUGGGUGGGAAACUCACUGAAUUCAUACAACAAAUUAACAAUUGUUAUCCACCUGAAAUUGUGGAGUACUACUCCCCGAACUAUUCGAAGCGGCUAUUGGAAAAAAUUGAAGAUUACUCGCCCAAUGCAUAG